UAUUUAGUUUCUUAAACCAUGGGGAAUCAUACAAGCAAAGCAUCUAAAACAUUGUUUCAUGACAUUCUUUCACAAUUUUCGGAAGAAGAAAGAGCUACUCUCUUGAAAGAAUUUGAAGAAUUCACUUCUGACAAUGACUUGCAUGACGAACGAAAACAUGGAAAACAACAUGGAAUCGGAGUAACAGAUCUAAGUAUUAAAAAACAACUUCCUACCGUAUUAGGAGAAUAUUUAAAAGAUGGAUUUACGCAGUAUUUUCAAAUACAAUCAGCUUCAAUUGAAAAUAAUCUUUCAGCGGAAAAAAUAGAAAAGUUAACCUUACAAUCUUCACCUUCUUUACUUAUAACACAACUUGGGUUCGUUUCCUCAAUUCAUAAUCUAACUAAAACAACACCUUCAGAUCAAUCUCAAGCAGUUUUUAUCGUAAGUCGUUUAUUUCAAGGAUCAUUAAAAGCCUUUAUUCAAGAACUCGUAAGAGCCUCAUUAGUUUAUUGGUUUGAGGGUGCCUAUAUUCCUCAAACUGGUCAAACAAAAAAUAGAGGUAAAGGAGGUGAAAAAGAUAUUUUUCUAAAUUCGGAUAAUACUGGCUUAGUUGAUUAUUUAAUUUUAUUUCCAAAAUUAAAACAUGAUGAACCUGAAGAGGAUUCACUUUUUAAUUUAAUUAAAGAAGCAGAAAUUGAAGGGCAUUUUAAUCAAGGAUCUUUUAUGGAUUGGUAUAUUAAAAAUACACAUUUUCAACAUUUAUUUAACAUUUUGGUCACUCGUAUAUUCUUGCGUAGAAAUUUACCUCAAAAUUUUACAAAUGCAAUAAGAACUUUAAGAUCCGCAAAUUCAAUUGCUCCAGAAAUCCUUUCUACAUAUAAAGCUUUACCAAAUUUUUCACGACUUUUAGCCCCUUCGGAUUAUUAUAUCUUAAAUAGUCAUCUGCCACCUGAUUGUCGUAUUACUACACAUAAGUUAUUAUUUUCCUCAACAAGAGAUGGUGAUAGUUGGAGCACAUUUAUUAAUUAUAUAUUAUAUCAGGGUUCAACUUUAAUUGUAGUAAAGGAUAAGGAUGGUAAUAUAUUUGGUGGAUUUGCUUACGAAGAUUGGGAACUUAAGCCAAAUUGGUAUGGAAAUGAAAAGAAUUUCUUAUUUUCUAUUAGACCUAAAUUAAGAAUAUUUCCUUCUACUGGCUAUAAUGAUCAUUACCAAUAUUUAAAUUAUGGAACAAAAACUUUGCCUAAUGGUUUGGGAAUGGGAGGACAAUUUGAUUUCUGUGGUUUAUGGAUUAAUUCAGAUAUUAUUAAUGGUAAUUCAAUGGCAACACCAUUGUCAUCAACUUAUAGUAGUCCACAAUUAUCAAAGAAACAAGAAUUUAAGGUGGAUGAAAUUGAAGUUUGGCUUGUCAAAUUGACAGAUAAAGAUCCUGAUGAAAUACCAAAAGGGCCUAAAUGUUCUGCAUUAGAUAAAAAUCCAGCAGAAUUAGAAUUGUUAGAAAUGGCUACAAAUAAAAAAAUGUAUUCAAAGGAAGUUAGAGAGCCUAAUUUAUUAAUUGACGAAGAAGAAUAAAAAUUUGCAAUAUUAUUUAUAAAUAUUUUUAUAUCUACUGUAUUAUAUUAACUGUAAACUUAAAAAUAUUAUUAUAAUUUAUCUAAUUAAUUAAAUGAAUUAGUAAUCUGG